GGCCGGCGCGGCAGCAUGGCGGGCUCGGGCCCGAAGCGGCGCGCGGCUGCGGCCCCCGCGGCGGCCGAGGAGGAGGAGCGGCAGGCGCGGGAGCGGAUGCUGGCGGCGCGGCGCGCGGAUUGCGCGGAGGGCGAGGGGGUGACCCUGAAGCGCAGCAUCACGCUGCUCAAUGGCGUGGCCAUCAUCGUGGGCACCAUCAUCGGCUCGGGCAUCUUCGUGACGCCCACCGGCGUGCUCAAGGAGGCGGGCUCGCCGGGGCUGGCGCUGGUGGUUUGGGCCGCGUGCGGCGUGUUCUCCAUCGUGGGCGCGCUUUGCUACGCAGAGCUCGGCACCACCAUCACCAAGUCGGGCGGCGACUACGCCUACAUGCUCGAGGUCUACGGCUCGCUGCCCGCCUUUCUCAAGCUCUGGAUCGAGCUGCUCAUCAUCCGGCCCUCCUCGCAGUACAUCGUGGCGCUCGUCUUCGCCACGUACUUGCUCAAGCCGCUCUUCCCCACCUGCCCGGUGCCCGAGGAAGCCGCCAAGCUCGUGGCCUGCCUCUGCGUGCUACUGCUCACGGCCGUCAACUGUUACAGCGUGAAGGCCGCCACCCGCGUGCAGGACGCCUUCGCCGCGGCCAAACUGCUGGCGCUGGCCUUGAUCAUCCUGCUCGGCUUCAUCCAGAUCGGGAAGGGUAACGUGUCCAAUCUAGACCCCAAGUCCUCGUUUGAAGGCACCAAAGUGGACGUGGGGAACAUUGUGCUGGCGCUGUACAGCGGCCUCUUUGCCUACGGGGGAUGGAAUUACUUGAAUUUUGUCACAGAGGAGAUGAUUAAUCCCUACAGAAACCUGCCCCUGGCCAUCAUCAUCUCCCUCCCCAUCGUCACCCUGGUGUACGUGCUGACGAACCUGGCCUACUUCACCACGCUGUCCCCCGAGCAGAUGCUCGCGUCGGAGGCCGUGGCCGUGGACUUCGGGAACUACCACCUGGGCGUCAUGUCCUGGAUCAUCCCCGUCUUCGUGGGCCUGUCCUGCUUCGGCUCCGUCAACGGGUCCCUCUUCACGUCUUCCAGGCUGUUCUUCGUGGGGGCCAGGGAGGGCCACCUGCCCUCCGUCCUCUCCAUGAUCCACCCGCGGCUGCUGACGCCCAUGCCCUCGCUCGUGUUCACGUGCGUCAUGACCCUGCUGUACGCCUUCUCCAGAGACAUAUUCUCCGUCAUCAACUUCUUCAGCUUCUUCAACUGGCUCUGUGUGGCCCUGGCCAUCGCGGGUAUGAUCUGGCUCCGCUACAAGCAGCCAGAUCUGGAGCGGCCCAUCAAGGUUCACAUGGCCCUCCCGGUGCUGUUCAUCCUGGCCUGCCUGUUCCUGAUCGCUGUCUCCUUUUGGAAGACGCCCGUGGAGUGCGGCAUCGGCUUCACCAUCAUCCUCAGUGGCCUGCCGAUCUACUUCCUCGGCGUCUGGUGGAAAAACAAGCCCAAGUGGCUGCUCCAGAGCAUCUUUUCCACGACGGUCCUUUGCCAGAAGCUCAUGCAUGUGGUUCCCCAGGAGACGUAAGCGACAAGAUCUCAGAAGCUGCCAGAAAGAAAACACAGAGAUUGUUUUAAACCACCCACCCCUUAGAAAGCGACUCCGGUCCCAUCAUCCAGGCAGCUCAGCUGGAGGCCCCCACUGUCCCUCCCCCGGGCUGGCAGCCGGGCCACUGUGAACCCUGGUACGAAUUUAGUCCCAGAAGACGGAUGUCCGUGGAUACCUCUCGAGCGUGGAGGCGGGAACGUUGGACCGAGGAGGCCGCGGGCUUCCCGCCGAAUCGGGCCUUCUCCCUUCUCACCUUUGUGUAUUUGUACUUUUUUUAAACUUUAUUCUUUUUGGCCGCAGCGUGCGGCAUGUAGGAUCUUAGUUCCCCAAGCAGGGAUCGAACCUGUGCCCCCUCUGUUGGGAGCACCGAGUCUUAACCACUGGACCGCCAGGGAAGUCCCUUUAUUAUUUUUGUUUUAACUUAAUCUUAGGUCGCGUCGACACCACCAAGGUGAUUAUUUUUUAAAGGAACACGGGAGGGGGGCUCCUUUCUCCCCUAACGCCACGUGUAGCACGAUGUGCCUCAGAGGGACCAGAUCCUGUCGCCAGAUUCCGGCAUGUCUCCGAGAACGGAGGGGUCCUGAGAACCCCCGGCAGAGUUCCGGGCUCGGCCUCGCCCUCUGGACGGUGGCCUGGACACACGCGCUUCAGCUUUGCCGUUUCUCUGUUUUUGUAGAUGUAGUGACUUUUUGUGAAACUAACCCACGUGCUCACGUCUCGUUGCCUUAAAGACCUGCGCUAGCUCCCUUCCCACCCAGCCCCAAAAAAGAAAGAACCUCUCAGUGAAAGGCUUGUAGAAGGAAAGGCCUUGGGUGACCAACAGUGGUGCCCUGGUGCCUGCCACAGGCGGGGGGGGGUCCGAGCGGGAGUCAGGGGCAGCUGGGAGACCCCGGACCUCCCACCGGGAUGUGCAGAUCGGGGGGCCGGUUUGGGGGCGAGACCCUGUCACUCAGGAUACCUUUGGGCUCCUGACUGUACAUCCCUCCCUGGACGUCAGCCUGAGCAAGGCCAGAGGAUUCCGGCAGCUCCUUUGGUGGGUAAGUGGGCAGUGCUGUCUCAGGUCUGUUCUGCAUCGGUUUUGGAGCCAAGCUCUAGUCCUUUCAAAGCUUCACACUUUGGAAUCUGGAAGUAGACGCCGUGACCCCUCAUGGGCUUCUCCUCUGUGUCCCCGCAAGGCAGCUCUCCCGGGCCUCGAGGGCUGGACGGCAGCCCUGCCAGCUAUCUGGGGCUGGCUCUCAGCUCCUGGCCAAGGCGCUGCUGUCCCCUCCCCUGUCACCUGUCCCAGGCUCGGGGAGCUAGAGUCCAGGCCUCGGCGCUCUGACUGCACCAGCUCUGGAGGCCACCCGACUCUCGGGGGGGUCUGGCUCCCGCU